AUGUUUUGGGGACUAAUAAUGGAACCGAACAAGCGGUAUUCUCAACUAGUGGAGAAACCGUUCCAUAUAUCACAAGCAGCUAUGGAUAUCUCGACGGGUGACAAUGAACCAUGCCAAGUAAUGGUUGUAGUUGAUGGCAAGAACUUUCUUGUGUGCACAUUACAAAAGAACAAGUCCAUUCAAGUACCUCUAGAUCUCUAUUUCAAGUCUGGAGAUUCAAUUUCGUUCUUAACCAAUGGUAAAUGCAAUGUUCACUUGACGGGAUACUUGGACCCGGAGUUUGAAGAUGAACCUUCUGAUGAAGGGGAAGAAGAGGAGGAGGAGGAGGAAGAAGAAGAGGAAGUCCCAACUUUGGUUCCUGCUAAAAAUAAAAGGAAGUUAGAAAAUAGCAAUGAUGGAGCUUCAAGCAAAAAGGCCAAACAAGAUAAAAAAGCCAACAAGAAGGCAGCAGCGGCAGACAGUUCAGACUCAGAUGAUGAGGAUGGUGUAGACCUACAAAAAUUCCUGGAUGGAGAAAUGGACACUGAUGAUAACGAUGAGUCCUUCAAAGUUAACACAUCUGCUGAAGCUGACAGUGAUGAUGAAGAAGAUUCAGAUGAAGCUGAAGAAGAAGAGGAGGAGGAGGAGGAAGAAGAGGACGAUGAAGAAGAAGCCUCUGAGAAGGCAGAUUCAACAUUGGAUACCAGUAAAGAGGAGAAAGUGGAUAUGUCCAAGCUUACUAAAUCUCAAAAAAGGAGACUAAAGAAGAAACUUCAGCAGCAAAAAGAACCUCAAGUAAAUGGAGUUGAUAAAGCAAAGAAAGAAAAGCCAGAACAAAAGGCAGAAAAGAAAAAACCUGAAGCCAAGAAAGAUGCCGAAGGUGACAAGAAAGAGAAGAAAUCCCUUAGUGGUGGGGUCUUUAUUGAAGAUUUAAAAGUAGGAUCUGGACAAGUUGCUAAACCAGGCAAAGUUGUCAUGGUGUAUUAUGAAGGAAGGUUAAAACAAAAUAACAAGAUGUUCGACAAUUGCCAAAAGGGACCAGGAUUCAAGUUCAAGCUUGGUGCCAAGGAAGUCAUUUCAGGGUGGGAUGUAGGAGUGUCUGGAAUGAAAGUCGGAGGCAAAAGAAAGAUUGUAUGCCCACCAGCAAUGGCGUAUGGUGCUAAGGGUUCACCGCCAGUUAUCCCACCAAACUCAACUCUAGUGUUUGAAGUAGAAUUGAAAAAUGUUAAG